ACAGCACAAAACACAACAGCACACCACCUGGACCACCAACAACUGGAGACACAACUCUCACCGAAAGAGUAAAGGUGAAAAGAAAACUGAUUUGGAAGUGCUUGAUCUGAAUGGCCAAGAAGACGGUACCAUGGCCUACAAAAUUUCAAACACUGAGUCUUCUUCAUCCAACACAGAGGAAAGAAAAUCCCAUGAGUUUUGUGAGAGGAGCCGCAACGACACAGCGCUGGCAGCCUUGACGCGGAGGUUUAUGGAGCUGGUGAAGAGGUCUGAAAAUGGAAGCUUGGACCUGAAUGUGGCAAGCUUACUGCUCAAUGCCCCAAAGAGACGCAUCUAUGACAUCAUCAAUGUUCUGGAAGGGAUCUGUCUGCUCAAAAAGAGGUCUAAAAACUACAUUGAGUGGGCAGGAGGUCAAGGGAACAUCUUAAGAGAUGCACAACUGAUGACCCUCAUUAAGGAGGAGGAGAAGCUGGAUCAGCUGAUUGACCGCUCUAGGCGGCAGCUUCGACGGGUGUUUAAAGAGCACACCCAGAGAUUUGCGUAUUUGACCUACGAAGAUGUCAAAAAUAUUCCCUCCUUAAAGGAACAGACUGUGAUCGUGAUUAAAGCCCCUGCAGAGACUAAAGUUGAGGUGCCACACCCAGGAAAGAGUCUCCAGGUCCACCUCAGCAGCACCCAGGGGCCUAUUGAUGUCUUUGUUUGCGCCGAUGACCCCAUGCCUGAAGACUGUGGCUGUCUCGCAAACGCCUCCACAGACGGGGACAACUCCAUCGACCCAGUGCCUUACUCUUCCACCGUCCAGGUCUCCUCCACAGACGAUGUUAGCCAUAAUACCGGACUCAGUCGUGAUUCCAUCCUUCAGCCUGAGCCAACACAACACUCAUCGCCCGUUAGCGUCACCCCCUUCUCCCCCCUACUGCCCACUUCCGAAGACCAACAAAGCUUUGUCACCCUCUCCCCGCCUCAGCCCUUCUCCCUCGAUGGGGUGGGGUACUUUCAAAGCCUUGUCAAGGACGAGGGCAUAACUGACCUGUUUUCUGCUGUUGAUCCGGACCUGGCACCCCUGGAUUUGGAUAUGGUCUAAAAUUUGUUUGGAAAUGCUGCCUUUUUUAAACUGAACACAAUUUCAACAAGCAAAAAACCAAAAAAAACCAAAAACCUUUGACUGUCUGGGAAGAUGUGGCCAAAGUUUGACAGCUGUCAUGAGUGGAUGAGGACAUUUCUCAGAAGCAUUACCUGCAGUCAUACCGGAGUAGCUGUGUAGUCCUAAAAAAGGCUUUCUUUUCAUCUUUUGGACCCAGACUGGCAGACGAGUUGUCAAAAACCACCUGUUCUUUAAACAUUUAAUGAAAAAUAUUCACUGUGGAUCAAGUGUCCCUCUGUGAUGUCUGAGCUCUGCUGUCUCAGUACAGGAUCUUUGGCCUGUUUGGUGUUCGAACAUUCUGUUGUGGGGUUCUGGAAAGGCUACAUGGUGCUUUUCAGUUUCUGAUUGUAGAGGAAUGACAAAGCCUCAAGGUUUAGUCUCCUGCUUCUGCUAGUUCUACCUCUUUGUUUCCUUGCGACAUUAAGAAUAAGAAUGUAGAUUUGAUUCUGUCUUCACUUUGCACUGAUAUGGAAAAUUUCUGUUUUUAAAUCCAGUUAGAGCUCAUUACUCUGACUGCGGGAGUGGCUUCAUGGCUUUAUCACAUUUUUAGGAGCUUUUCUUAGAAGUGCAGUGGUGUUUUUUUUUUGUUUUUGUUUUUUUUCUUUUUUACCUCAUGGCAUUAUUACUGCAGUAUUUGUUGUUAUCUGUAAAAACAAUCCCUCAUCUUAAAGAAAAUCUCAACCAGUAACUUGUUUAGUUUCCCGUGCAGCCUGCCCUCCCUCUUGUGGCUGUUUGGAAGAAUGGAAACUGAUACAGCAAGUAAUGAGACACUUAUUCCUUUAUUGCUCAGUAAGUGAUUCCUGUCAUUCAGUUGUUUUCAUUACAUUAAGUGCCUGAAAUAAUUGCCGUAUAGUGUAGAAUCUUCUACAUUAUUUGCUUGUUACUAGCUUUGUCUAUAAGGCGCUAAACACUUCACUAAUGUUGGUUUUUAGUGUGAUAACGCCUUAAACAGAGAGCCAAGGUUUGAACGAGCAUCCUUGACACUUAGCAGUAGGAGUGGGUGAAAAUAUGAUAUUGCAUUAAAAAAAA